UCAGGAAACCUGUUGGUGUACAAUACAUAUUUCUCGUUUAGAUCUCUAUGAUCUGGUGCGCAAACAAGAAGUUCCUUUUAAUACUUUCUUCAUUGUUGAGUGACACACGCUUGAGCUAAAACGAAUACAGCUGACGUCCACUUACUGGGACUGACGUUUUGAAGGCGUGUCUGGAUUCUGCAUGAGAAAAUCACAGUAGAGAAACACACCGCCAGCAGCUGGAAUCAGGUUUGUUUCAGCCAGGAAAAUGUUUGUGGUUAGCUUUGCGGUUUAGCUUUCCUUGGAUUCUGCUGUGGGAAGUUAUGCUCCAUGGAAAUGAAGACAUUAUGGGAGCUUCAUCAGUUCAUUUGGCCAGAUGUUUUUGCCAGCACAAAUUGGGCUCUUCUGUCAGACUGAAGAGACCUGGUUCUUGUGUUACAUAUGCAAUGUGGCUGAAGAUACAUCUACUUAUUGUCCUCCUAUCAGGUCAAGCUUUAGGUCAACUAACCUCCACUGCUCCGUCCAGCAUUGCCACAUCAACAACAGCUUCACAAACCUCAGCAGGUGAAGCAUCUGUUGUUCCAAGCUCCCAAGCUGCUUCCUCUACUUUUCACACUUCUACAGUUACAGCAGUUUCUGAUAGUCAGUCUUCUGCUGCUUCAUCCAUUAUUCCAACUUCUGCAACCACCGUACAGACCUCAGUAGUGUUUUAUUUCCUUGAUGUCAACGUGGAUGUCACUGGACCGAGUAAGAAUGAAUCCGACAUCAUUGCCUGGCUUGACCAGGUUUUCCGAAAUGAGCUGGGGCACUGCAUGUUUCAAGGAGCAACAACUACUGCCCCCACAUCUCAGCAAACUGUAAAUGUGACAGAACAAGUGGCAACAACACAGACUUAUAAAUCAACAACAGCAUUUUAUACUUCACCGCAAAAUUUUAGUGCAACUACAAAUGUACCAACAGUGUUACAGGGCAACAUAACAUCUAAGGCUGCAACAAUGCUAAAUGGCAACGACACAACAACGAUGGAAGCAAUAAUAAAUAGUAAUAUCACAACUACAGAGGCAAAAGCAACACCAGUAACUGAAAACGUCACAACACCAGCUUCGAUAACAAUGUUACAUGACAACACAACAACCACAGUUGCAGCAACUGUUUUGAAUGACAACAAAACAACAGCGGCAUCAAAGGCAUCAAUCAGCAACACAACAGUUAGAGCUCAGGAACUGCAGCAUUUGAUGGCAACAUAACAUUAAACGGCUGCAUCAACUACUGCAACACAAAGCAACAUGACAACUACUGCUGCUUCAACUACUGCAACACAAAGCAACAUGACAACUACUCCUGUAUCAACUACUGCAACACCAAGCAACAUGACAAUUACUGCUGCAUCAACUUCAGCAACAAAUAGCAACAU